CUGAAGACACGAGUGCACAUAAUACCAAACACAACUGAACUGAGUUAGUUUACAGAGAAACGCAAUGUAAAAUUGGCUGCUGUAAUUUGUCCCUUGCCCUAACUCGGUCCCUGAUUGAAUGAAACAUUUUCACUCAUGUAAAAGCAUGCUUCUCCUUAACAAGGCACAUAUUUUAAGGCAUCAAUCUGUGACACAAAUGAUGCAUGACGAGCGACGUGCCGGUGUUAGUAGCCUGCUUGGGGUUAGGGAUUUGUUUAAAUGACUAACUCUCUGUGUGAGCAAUCAUAGCUUGCUUUAGCAAAGACUAAUUAAACUUCCUCUGAGUCAUGAGUGUUGUGUGCGCCGUGCAGCGGUUCACAUAUGGCAGUGAUUGCUUGUGUCAUCGUGAGGCGUUUCUUCAAGAAGUACAUUCAUGUAGUUGGUCACUUUCUGUCUGUGGGAAUGUGCUCUCAGACAUAUUGUUUUGUGAAACUACAAACGCACUCUUCAUUUGAAAGGUUUGGAUGUGAGGAACACUUGUGUAGGCCGAUAAAAUUGUCCUGUUCCCCUGCGGUCACAUUCCUCUCGGCUGACACGGAGAAGAGGACGCAGAUUUGGACGGAGGAAACAUUGGCUGGCGCUCUCAGUUUUUGUCUCCACAGCUUAAAGGAGAACUUGUCUGGGUCUAGUUUUGUGCCUCUCACAAAAAAAACAAAAAAAACAAAAAGAGGAAAAAGAGCAGUUUCUCUUGCCAAGGGUCUGUAAGUGCUCAUAAUCCAGACAUUUGUCAGCUGUAGAGAGAGAUAGGCUAUUGGUUAGUUCUUUUCUAUUCUCUGAUAAAAUCAUGAUGGAUUCAGAUGAAAAAAGCCUGAUGCUGUUUCGUGGUAUUUCAGCGCAGGUGGUGUUUCGAGGGUGACUUUUAUUCUAUCAAAGCGGUGGUCUCGGGUGUUUGUGACAUGAUGCCGGGACAGAUCCCGGACCCCUCGGUGACGGCCGGCUCACUGCCCAGUCUGGGUCCUCUAGCAGGCCUUUCUGCCUCCACACUGACUGAACACCUGAAGUACGCCGACCUCUGUAACCUCGGGGCCAUGCUGUCCCCUUUCCAUCUCCUGGGGAAGCUGGGCAAGCGGACGCUCCCUAUCAAAGCCGAGAAAGAUGAAGAGGAAGAGCGGAGGAAAAGAAGGCGAGAGAAAAACAAAGUGGCGGCAGCGAGAUGUCGAAACAAAAAGAAAGAAAGGACAGAGUAUCUACAGCGGGAAUCUGAGCGUCUGGAGAUGAUGAACUCGGAGCUGAAAGCACAGAUCGAGGAGCUAAAGCACGAACGACAGCAGCUCAUACUGAUGCUCAAUCGCCAUCGGCCCACCUGCAUCGUGAGCACAGACAGCAUCAAGACGCCUGAGAAAGAGAGCAACCCUCUCCUGGAGCAGGUGGAGACCAAAUGAGAAGAACCACACACUUCAUGACCACGUUACUGUUUACAGGUCAGCUCGUCUCCAGAGAGCUGAAGCACUUGGCUCGAAGCACUUGGACAUUUUAGGGAAGAGAGAAUUGCGUCUCUGACCUGCGAGGUUGGAGUUUAGAGACUAAACGAAGCAAGAAGAAACACACCGAUGGCCUCAUUAAACGGCCGUGUUUUUGUAGUUACCAAACUUUUGUGGGAUAGUUGUUUUUUUGUGGUCAUAAAGUGCCUUUUUUCAGUCCAUUUAGUUUUAUGGGAAGAAUUGUCUGUUGGUUGUUCUGAACUGAACUCAUUGAAUGGUUGGACAUGCAUGUUAACUGGAUGAUUCUUCACAGACUGUCUCAACAUUUAUUCACCAUUUGCUGCCUUCAGUUGUUUUUUCUUCUCUCUGGCGCAGGCGUCAUGUAUGCACAUAUGUAUGAACUGUUUACAUCUUGCCAAUUUAUUAUAGUUAUCUAGUAUAUAAAUAUAUGAUUUUUAUACCUCCUGUACAUGGACUUAUCACUAGAUGUGAUACAUUUUAUGCAACGAUUUCAUAACCUCUAUUUCUGUGACGUAUUCAAUUUGUUGUAUAGCUGUGAAAAGUAAACUGCAAACAAUUAUUAAACAAGUGAUUUCCAAAGUGA